CAUGGCCGCCCCCAGGGCGCCGCGUCCGGGGGCUUCUGGGUGUUUCGUUGACCGGCAGCUCCGCUACUGCGGACCCGCCCUCUGCCCUCCCCAGCCGAGCCUUGGUCGGGCCCGGGCAGCUCUGCGAGGCGGCGGCCGGAGAGGGAAUCAUGGGGACCGUGCACGCUCGGAGCUUGGAGCCUCUUCCAGCUAGUGGACCUGACUUUGGAGCGUUAGGGGAAGAAGCUGAAUUUGUUGAAGUUGAACCUGAAGCUAAACAGGAAAUUCUGGAAAACAAAGAUGUGGUGGUUCAGCACGUUCAUUUUGAUGGACUUGGAAGGACUAAAGAUGAUAUCAUCAUGUGUGAAAUUGGAGAUGUUUUUAAGGCUAAAAACCUUAUUGAGGUAAUGCGGAAAUCUCACGAAGCCCGUGAAAAAUUGCUUCGUCUAGGAAUAUUUAGACAAGUGGAUGUUUUGAUUGAUACGUGUCAAGGUGAUGACGCGCUGCCCAACGGCUUAGACGUUACCUUUGAGGUCACCGAACUGCGGAGACUGACGGGCAGUUACAACACCAUGGUCGGGAACAACGAGGGCAGCAUGGUCCUUGGCCUCAAACUCCCUAACCUUUUAGGCCGUGCGGAGAAGGUGACUUUUCAGUUUUCCUAUGGAACAAAAGAAACUUCGUAUGGCCUGUCCUUCUUCAAACCGCAGCCCGGAAACUUCGAAAGAAAUUUCUCCGUAAACUUAUACAAAGUCACUGGACAGUUCCCCUGGAGCUCGCUGCGGGAGACGGACAGAGGAGUGUCAGCCGAGUACAGUUUUCCCAUCUGGAAGACCAGCCAUACCGUCAAGUGGGAAGGCGUGUGGCGGGAGCUGGGCUGCCUCUCAAGGACGGCGUCUUUUGCAGUCCGAAAAGAAAGUGGGCACUCGCUGAAAUCGUCUCUCUCGCAUGCGAUGGUCAUCGACUCUCGGAACUCUUCCAUCCUACCAAGAAAGGGUGCCUUGCUGAAAGUGAACCAGGAGCUGGCAGGCUACACCGGAGGGGACGUGAGCUUCAUCAAAGAAGAUUUUGAGCUUCAGUUGAACAAACAACUCAUACUCGAGUCAGUCUUUUCAGCAUCUCUCUGGGGUGGAAUGUUGGUCCCCAUCGGUGAUAAACCGUCCAGUAUCGCUGAUAGGUUCUACCUCGGGGGACCGACGAGUGUGCGCGGGUUCAGCAUGCACAGCGUUGGGCCACAGAGUGAAGGCGACUACCUGGGUGGAGAAGCCUACUGGGCCGGCGGCCUGCACCUGUACACCCCGCUCCCUUUCCGGCCAGGCCAGGGCGGCUUUGGAGAACUUUUCAGAACACACUUUUUCCUCAACGCAGGAAACCUCUGCAACCUCAACUACGGGGAGGGCCCCAAAGCUCACAUUCGUAAGCUGGCUGAGUGCAUCCGCUGGUCGUACGGUGCCGGGAUCGUCCUCAGGCUCGGCAACAUCGCUCGGCUGGAGCUUAAUUACUGCGUCCCCAUGGGCGUGCAGAGGGGUGACAGACGUAUACAUGAAAAUCUAUGGCUUGCAUUCUUCAUGGACUCUGAGAUGGAAAUUCACAAAUAACCUGGAAAACAAGUAAAAUCUAUUGAAACUGCAAACAGAGCUGAGAAGAUUGGCAAAUGCCAGGAAUAAAAGUGCCUCCUUCCUCGACGUAGCCUCCAGAUUUGACAGCUCCCAGACAGGGCUGCCAGUGUCUGUCAGAGCCUGGAUGAUUCCGGAAGCCCGCAGUGAUAGGAGCUGAGGUUAGCAAUUCUCUUGCAAGUGCUGAGUGCUUCAUGGGGACAAGAAUAAUGCCUCUGAGAUUAAUAAGGUGCAGCUAGACACAGACAAAAGGCUUCACGAUAAAGAAUGUUCCAAGUUCUGCACAGGCGCCCAAGUUUAAAAUCCAGCAACGCAUGUGGCGCUUGUCAGCACCAGGAGUCUCUAAGGGGCCCUGCCAGAGAGUUUAAGCUUCUACUUAAAACAUAGUUCUCGCAAAUCUUCUGGGUUAAUAUUUCCAAAUAAUUGGUAGCAGAAUUAAAGAAAGAUCAAGCAUUUAAAAAUGUUUUUAUUUCCCCAAGGAGAAUGACUAUUCCUAUAUUAAAAUCUGCAAUAGUGGCCAAGAGUUUGUGAAAAGAACAAAGGUUGCCAGGAAACAUUAUUCUUUCGUUGAUAUUUUAUAACAAUUAAAAAAUGUAAGAACCGUCCUUAGCUCUGAGACAGUAGAGAACAGGCAGCAGGCUGAAUCUGGGCUGUGGGUGCAGCUUGCUGGCACCUGAGGUUUGUGAUCUGGAGCCCAAAGGCUAGUCACGGAUCAGAGAUGUCAGUGUGGGAGUCAUCAGCACCAAUGUGGGUUCAGAUCCACAUGCCUGCUCUUCACUGAGGACA